GAGAUCGUUCUUAUAUGAGAGAGACAGAGGGAGAGAGGAAGGAAAUCCUCACAGUGCAGACAAAAGCGUUGUUUCUCGCAGGACUUUGUUUACCUCCUCUACUGCCGUUUCCACUCUGUCGAGGCGGAUUAUUCAGCCAUUCCUGUCGAGGAUAUUUCCGCACAAACCCUGGGAUUUAUUUAUUUUCCUCUCUUUUUAUUUUUUUUUUUUUAUUUUUGAAGUUCAUAUUCUCUCAGUUUGGACCUGUGGAUAUUUGGACUUGCGUUUAUAUAAAAACAACACUUUUACGUUACAGCCAACUUGUCAUCGCGAAAUUUACGAAGGCAGCGGUGAUGACCGAUCACUGACAUGCACCAUCCGUCCAGACCGCCAAACCGAUCCGAUGGCUCGCCCGCAGUAGCGCAGGAGACCGGAGGAGAUCUGCCACAACCCUCCCGUUCAGACAGCGGCGGCGAGCGGAGCUUUGCCCGCGCCGAUUCCACUGGAGGAGGAGGAGGAGAACCGGACUCGCCGUUCUGGUGCAGAAACACACCCGGGUCCCCUGUAGACAGCCUCGGCGUGUUUCAGAAGAGAUCUAUAUUCCACCUUCCACCACGCCGCGCCUCCAGUGGCUAUUUUUCCUACGACGGAGACUCGCUGCCGAGCUCGCCUCUCUGCCCGAAGCCACAGACGGCUGAUAAAGCCACGCAAACUCCGAGCCCCACCGGUCAGGUGAUGCAGCACGCCUUGCAGCGUAUGGCUGCAGAUCGCGGAGGAGGACAAGGGACGCACCAGCUGUACGGACACUCUCUAAGCCCCUCUAGCCCGCGGCAGCAAAACGCAGCAGGGGACAUGCAGACAGAGGCAAUCGGACGGGAGCUCCGACGCAUUGGAGACGACUUCAAUGGACUGCUGCUGAGGGGGAUGGCCGCUAGACAAGGUCGUGUUGAAAUCCAUCCAAACCCGCAGCCACACAUCCAUCCGGAGCCCACCAUGCUGCUGUGCGUGGGUCUCCUGAUCCUUCUGAUUGGACGGAUUAUCUACCUACAAGGAUAUACAAACAGCCAGGACCACUCUCAGGUGUAGCCUUUGGGGAACCCAGCAGACGUAGCAUUUUUAUUUUAUAAUGUAUGUGUUUUUAACAAAUCUUGAGACUCUUUUUUGCCUAUGGGGGAAAAAAUCCCUAACUCCUACCCUUUACCACGGAGGAAGAAGACUUCGGACUCUACUUGUAUGCAUUUUCAAUGGAGAUUACUUAACAACAUCUUUGAGGAACUUCCUGGAUUUUCACCUCUUCUUUUGUCUUGGUCUCUGAGCCAUUGAAAUCCAACCAAAGAGCUGGGAUUUUGCACUCCUUUCCAGGACUUGUCAGUAAACCCUGUGGACUUUGAAAGUGCCUUGUACAGUUUCUUGUUUUUCUUUCAGACUUUUUAAAAAAUGUUUUGUACAUAGAUGAUGAGUUGUGUGAAUGAUCAAGUCUACCUGGGGUUUGUUAAAAUGCAUAGGUCCUUUUGCCGGUAAAUUCCCAAUUUUUUCCCACUCUGUUUCAUUCCAGUCGCAUCAGGAUCCAGCAUCCAAAGUGGGACAGUGAUAACUGCACCUUUUUUUAGCUGAAGUGAACUCCCAUAAAAUCUGGAAUAUGAGUUGCACAGAUAUAAAAUGGCGUCUGUUUUUCAGGAUCAUCCAGAGGGAAAAAGGUCUGAACUUCCCUGAUGUGUAACGAUCUCCCCCAUGACAUGCCGUUCCUGUGAAGUCGCUCUUUUAGUGCCACCUAUGUCACCAUAGGGUGUUUACAAUUUUGUUGGAUACUCUUACUGUUUUUGAGCUCUCAGACUGAUGUGAUAUUGACAGUUUUGAAGUACAGACUCACAGCCUGCCCAUCAAACUGCCCGCCCUCACUGGUCACUUCUCUUUAUUUUAGGGUCAACUAUUCCACAAGCUUUAUUUACUGAACUGUUCACCACUGUUGUCUUCAAAUGGAUAAAAUGGCCUAAUAAGGGAAAAGCUGGUAAAAUUGUCAAUCUCCAUCAGGUUCUUGUCUUUAUCUCAGCACAUUUUGCAAAGUGAAGCAGCCCCUGGCAAAACAUAUUUGGUCAAUGGGGUUCAUUUUCAGAAAUGUCAGGUUGUGUUCAACAGGUGAUUGUGGUGGCCACACUUGCAGUCAUUUUACAGUUUUACUGAAAAUUGAUCACAACGAUAUAAUGGAGUCAGCCAACUUUUUGUAUGGAUAAAAUAGACAUCAAAAGUAACUCUCAAUGCACCAACUGUUACAAUUGAAAAAUUAAAUGUUUCAACAGUGUUUCAAGUUACAGCUGUAAAUGUUAAUGCACAUGGGUGUUAAACUAUAGACAGAGGGAUCUGUUAAUGUGUGAAGUGAAUCUGCCCAGAUAUGUUUUAUCCUUUGCACUGCAUUUAGCCUUGAGAUUAACGUAAAGAAACAGAUCCUUUAUGAUGUUGCAAGAGAUGAUUCUCGCCUGUUUAGGAAUAGAAAAGCCUGUGUGUUUUGUUCUGAUCAACUGGAGCCCUGUUAAACAUUAACAGACCAACUCAGGAUGUUUUCCCUCCUCACUAAAAUGUUAAAUUUAUCCUAAAUCAUUUCUUCUCUAAAUAAAGCCCUUAGAUUCUGGUUUAUUUAGAGUGACUGUAAAGAUAAGCUUAUUUUUUCCAUUUCUACCUUUGCUCUGCUCAUAUUUAGUGUUUAAGAUUUUGUACACCGAUAAACACACAUAGGAGCAGAUUACCUCACUUUUCAAUACAAAAAUAAAUGCUGAUCCCUCAGAUUUCAGUUAAGUGGUCUGAACCCCGAAACAAAUUAAUAUAUGCUGUUAUUGAGUCCAUUAAGCAUUCACAAACUAUUGAUUUUGUUACUAUUCAAAGCAUUUUUCAAUGAUAGCCUCUGUUUCAGUGUUGGGAUAACUUUCAGCAGCCAGACUGUGUGUAGUUGGCAAACACAGGUUUGUUGACAAGGUCAUGUUAUCCAUUUAUUAGCACAAAAAGUAAAACACAGCCAAGUCUCCUCGUGCCUGCCAGGUCAUUAAACCCUCUGAGAGAGAUUUCUGGAAAACAACCAAACAUUGAAUCAUGCAGAGUCAAAGAGGGUUUUGUCACUGACUGUUGUGCUAAUAGUACUGCAUUAAAACACAGUGAUACAGGCUUUGGAUUAAUUAUACUAACAAACCCACUGAGUUUAUUAAAAUGUCAGUGCUGCUGUCAUGUGAUAAUACUAAACAAGGACAUAUGAUAAAGUGACAGAUGAGUAUUUCACAAAAUUUGAAAAUUCUCAUUGUGAAAUGUUUGUGACAAGACAGCCAUUUGCAUAGAUCUGUCAACUUAAACGCAUCAAAAAUUGUGAUCUUGGCUUUCAUAAUCACUAAAAUUCUGCAGACUCAUGCUUUGAUUGUGAUUAUAUAGUUUUUAAUGUCUAAUUUAAAACACAAAACAACCACAAAGAGAUUAAAAAGAUUACAAAAACAUAAAAUAACAUUCAAAGAAACUCAGAAAGGCCACCAAAAUGAUGAAAAACAGCCAAAAGGUACAAAUAAAGUCUAAAAAUAAACACAGUAAGGUCAGAGAAACUCAGAUUAAUCUCAAUGUUUGAAUGCAGAGACACAAAAACAGCCACAAAGACACACACAACUACAAAGUUACAAAUCAAUACAUAAUUGAGCAAAUCAGGCAUACACUGUGAGCUGACUCUAACAGUAGUGGUGUAAAGUCAGCUUAUAGUCAUCUGAAUCGCUUACAACUCACCACCAUCAUGCAUGAUUUAUGUGCUCACUCUUGCAGUCAUAUCAAGUCAUAUCCUCUCUCCCACAUGCAAUCUGUCUCUCUAUCACACACACAAACAGCUUUGCCAGCUUUCAUAGUGUUUUAAGACAUUAUCUGACAGUUUACAAAGGAAAAUGCCUCAAAGUUGAGGAUUCUGAUUGUGGUUCAACUCUCACUGUGGAAGUGGGUGGUAUCUAAAGCCAGGCAAAUACUGUGGGAUUUCCUCCUCAUUCUCUAACAGUCCAGGCGGAUAGUCAGCUCAUACUGUGCACCUGAAUUGCUAAUGACACAUGAAGUUCAUGCACGAUUUCUGUGCUUACACUAUACAGUCCAAUGGACACACACGACCUGAGUGCUCACACUGUAGGAGUGAAGUCAGGACAGACUGUGACAAAAAUAAGAGGAGCUGACUUAGGUUGAAGUCAAAUCCUCUCUCUCUUUGUCCUUUCACUCUCUCACACAAACAGCAUCACCAUUUGUGUCAGCUGGAGGUCCAUGGGUAGGCAUAUUUCCUGCUUGUCUAUCUCCUUCAUUAUGGGGGGUAGAAGGUAGCAGAACGUUAUUCCUGCUGUUUUCAGAGUGAUUUAGGAUGUUGUCUCAAAGUUGAGGAUUCUGCUUGCUCUCACCAUGCGAGUGUGUGCAGUCGUAAAGUAAUCAAACAUGCCAGAAAUUAAUCUAACCAUUCUGGAGCAGCUGGUUGAGUCAUAGUCUGGUCGUGGUCAUGUCGUAAUAUCCCACUAUACACCGCACAACAAAUGACAUAUGAACAGGCUGUAAGUCGAUGUGACUUCCAAAUGAGUCAUGUAAAUAAAAAAUUGUCUGAAUUGGAUGAAAUUUGCACUUCUCUUCCUCCUACUGUGCUAGAGUAAUGUGCUCUUAUUCCAGAGUUUUAUAAAGUGCCCCUCUCCCAUUUGAACGUUUGAAAACCCAGAGACACGAAAUUAUAUUUUUAACACACUACUCUGUUUUUUCUUAAUGUCCCUGUUUUGUCUUCCUGGAGCUGCAUAUGUCUUCCUCUAGUCUUCCUGUGCACCAAAUUGUCUUGUUUUUCUUUCCCUCUGCUGUGACAUGAAAGACGCUGUGACUAUGCGCUGAUUUCUGAUAUUGUGCCAUGUGAAACUGAAGACCUCAUUUAGAAGUACUGUGUUACAGCUGGAAAGCACGGCAGGGUGGAAACUGAAAGAUGAUUUACUGUCGUUUGAAAGUGAUAUGAAAACCUGUGCUGAUUCACAGCCUAGGUUUUUAGGUGUUACAGAUGUGACAUUCAGGGCUUUACAUAAUGAGACUGCUGGAGCCACUUUGACCAAUCAGGCUGCAGAUGCGUUUUUAUAGAUAUUAGAUAAUUAAGUACAUUGUCUUUGAAUGGGAAAUUGAGUUUGCCUUGUGAAAAGAUAAAGCAUAUAAGAUGUAGGGGACCCCGGCACACUGCUGUGUCAUGCUUUGAUGCAAAUGCUGUACAAAAAUGCAUCUGAUGAGUCAGAAACAAACUGAACAAUUUCAAAUGACCCAGUACAACUGUAGCAUUAUGAUGUCUUGUGUAUACUUCCAUUGUACACUGAAAAUAUUGUAAUUAUGCCGUUUUGAUUUCUUUAAAUGCUCUAAUCUUUUGUAAAUAAAGCCUUUUGUACAUGAAAAGUGUCAGAGUUCUUUGAUUUAACAGAAAUGUUCCCAGCAGCUCUAAGUAUGUUUAACAAAGGAGUACAUAAUUCUGAUCUUCCUGCACAGAACUCUAGUAAAGAAGUUCUGUUCAGCACUGCAGCACUUACACUAUAUGGACAUGUAUUGAGCCACAUCUGUUAAUAAUUAAACUAGGUGUUGCAAUCAGGUGUAUAAAAUAAAACACCUAUCUAUGAAGUCUCUGUUUGCAAACACUGGUGAUACAAAAUCAGUAGUUCUGAAGCAUGGUGCUGUGAUAGGAUGCCAUCUCUGUGUCAUAUUUGCACUAGGAAUGUUUGUAAGUUUUCAUCCUCGUUGGAUAUUCCACAGUCAACUGUAAGUGAUAUUGUUUAACAGUGGAAGCAUUUAGCAACAACAGCAACUCAACCACAAAUUGGAAGAGCAUGUAAAAUCACAGAGCAAGGUCUACGACUGCUAAGUAGCAUGGUGAGUAAAAGUUGCCAACACUGCUGAUUGUCAGUUCUGAAAUUCCAUUAGCAUUCAUGUAAGCACAAAAACUAUGCAGUGAAAGCUUCACUGAUUGAGUUUCCAUGGCCAUUAGGUGCAGGCAAGCCUCCUCACCAAGUCCAAUGCCAGGCGGCAGAUAGAGUGUUGUAAAGCACACAGACACUGGACUGUGGAGCAGUGGAAACAUGUUAUGUAAAGUGACGAAUCAUGCUUCUCUGUUUGGCAGUCAGAUGGGUGAGUCUUGGUUCAGUGUAUGCCGGGGAAACAUUAUGACUGCACUGUGCAAACCGUGAAGUUUGGUGGAGGACGGAUAAUGGUAUGGUGCUGUUUUUCAGGGUUUGGGCGAAGCCCCUUAUCUGUAGUGAAGGACAAUCUUAAUGCUAAGGCAUCAGGGAUCAACGGACAACAUACUGAGGACGGUUGCUUGACUAAUUACUGAAAUAGUCAUUACAAUCCCAUAAUGUUCUUAGGAAUGUAAAAGUAGUUCAGUACUCGAGUAAAUAUGCCGGACCAUAGAUAUGGAGGAGCAACAGGAGUAACUAAUUUCCUCGGCUGCCUGAACCCCUCAGCUCAGCUGUUAUUUGCUGCAGCCUGAAGUUACACUACAUUGCCAAAAGUACUCACUCACCUGCCUUGACUCGCAUGUAAACUUAAAUGACAUCCCAUUCUUAAUCCAUAGGGUUU